AUACUGUCACCCUUCGUGUACUGUGUAGUCAGCAGCAACCUCGUGGUGUUGUGGAAAUUUGUGUGUGACAUUCUCCAGACUGUAGAACAGAAGCAAUGGACCAGGAGCCAACUAAGUGGAUAAAAAAAGAGGAAACUGAUGAAGUACAAACUGAGUUCCACUUGAUAGCCCAAGAUUAUCCAUGCAGCAUGAAUGUAAAAGAAGAGUUGGAGGAGGGUGUGAAUAAAGAGUUUCUUGAAGACCCAUUAAAUGCUGGCGACCCUAGUGUUUGUGUAAAGCAGGACCCCGAACUGAAACACCGUGCUGCUGGAUCUGAGCAUAAUUCUGUUGAAGAUCCAUUGGGAAUAUCUUUGGCCACUGAUUUUAUCAAGGAGGAUCCUGAAUUAAAUAUAACUGAGAAUACUGUGGAAACCUCAACAAGAUGUGCAUCUGAUAGUGCAAGAUUUACGCAGACUACUGGUGGGAGUUGUAGCAUAUCAUGUGAAGAAACUUGUCACCAUAGACUGGUCCAGGAUGAGUUGGUGAUAGACAUGGAGAAGUCAACACAUGGGUUCAGUACCAAUACAGAAGAUGUGACUAUUGAUAAGGAAUGCUCAGUUGCCACCCAAUAUGACUGUAGUACGAGGGAAAAGGAAUUACAUGUAUAUAGCUGUGAUUUCUGCCAACAGAGCUUUUCUUCAAAAUACAGACUUAUAAUGCAUGUGUUUAUGCACAUUGAUGGAAUGCAACCACCUUCGCAUGUUUGUAAGUGGUGUGGUGAGAUAUUUCACAGUAAUGUUGGCUUGAAAAAGCAUAUGAGAAUGAGUGAGAAUUGUCGAGUUUUAACUGCUGAAGGUCAUGAAAAAUAUGGACAUAGUGAUGAGCAUCAAACCACUACCUCGUUGGAUAGCGAGGCAGAAGUUUCUGUUACAGAAUACAAUGACCAGUCUUCAUGUAAGGAAACUUGGAAAGAUUCAAAGAAGCCCUCUAAUGACAUAUGUAACACACAUAUGACAAAUGAUAGAGAGAAAACAAGUAUUUAUGGAAGUGGAGCUGUUAAUGUCAGUGCCCAGGCUGAUCUACUUACUGCAAACAGAACCGACAGAUGUGGUAUUUGUGGCAAAUUGUUUGCUAGGUCAGGUGAUCUCCAGAGACAUGUUUCCAUUCAUACUGGGAAAAGACUUCACAAAUGUGAUAUUUGUGAGAAAGGAUUUGCCCAGUCACGUUAUCUAAAGGCUCACACAUUAAUUCACACUGGAAAGAACACUUACGUGUGCGAGAUUUGUGGGAAAUCUUUUACUAUGUUAGGGGAUCUCAACAAACAUGUAUUAAUUCACACUGGAAAGAAACCUCACAAAUGUCAGAUUUGUGGGAAAUCUUUUACUGUAUUAGGCAAUCUUAACAAACAUUUAUUAAUUCACACUGGAGAGAAACCUAACAAAUGUGAGCUUUGUGGGAAAUCUUUUACUAUGUUAGCUGAUCUCAAGAAACAUUCAUUAAUUCACACUGGAAAUAAACCUCACAAAUGUGAGAUUUGUGGGAAAUCUUUUGCUAGGGCAGAUCAUCGCAAGGCACACACAUUAUUUCACACUGGAAAUGAACCUCACAAAUGUGAGAUUUGUGGGAAAUCUUUUACUAUAUUAGGCAAUCUUAACAAACAUUUAUUAAUUCACACUGGAAAGAAGCCUCACAAAUGUGAGAUUUGUGGGAGAGCUUUUACUAUGUUAGGUGAUCUCAAGAAACAUUCAUUAAUUCACACCGGAAAUAAACCUCACAAAUGUGAGAUUUGUGGGAAAUCUUUUACUAUAUCUGGCAAUCUUAAGAAACAUGUAUUACUUCACUCUGGAGAGAAACCUCACGAAUGUGAGAUGUGUGGGAAAGCUUUUGCGUUGUCAUGCUAUCUGAAGGAACACACAUUAAUUCACACUGGAAAGAAACCUUACAUUUGCGAGAUUUGUGGAAAAUCUUUUACUGUGUUAGGUAAUCUCAAGAAACAUACAUUAAUUCACACUCGAAAGAAACCUCACAAAUGUGAGAUCUGUGGGGAAUCUUUUGCUACAUCAGAUGAUCUCAAGACACAUGCAUUUCAACACACUGGAAGUGGACCUCACAAAUGUGGUAUCUGUGACAAAAGUUUCACUUACUUGGAUACUCUCAAGACACAUGCAUUACUUCACAUCAGAAAGAAAACAAAUAUACACAGCCAACUGAAAUGAUGCACUGAUACAGUGGUGUGGUGGUGCCGAGGCAACAGGUGUGUUGACCAUGUACUGAGCCAGCAGGGACAGCAUGAGGGCUGCCAAGAUACAUCAGCUGGGCAGUGGCUAAGCUGGUGCAAUGGUGAUGCCAGUGGACAGUGAUGGAGUAUUGUGGGUCAGAAUGACAGCAUUGGGGCCAGAAAAUGUUGUUACCAUUUGUGAAGGUCUAGCCUCGCAGAUCAUGAAAGGCUGUAACACUGCAUCAGAUGGGUGUAUCAUCGAAGGCUGGCUGGUUAUUUCCAUACAAAAGGAGGU